UAUUACGUAUUCUCGCUGACAAAGGCAAAUGAAGCCAUGUUUUUUUGCUUAUGUAUUUUGGUGUAGGCUAUUCUACAUUUAAAGUUGGAGUAAUGCCGCAUUUGUAAACUGGAGACUGUCGGAAGAGCACCCAGCUCCGGAUUAUGUUUGAUGUCUCUAACGGUCAAUGAGGGCGGUGCGGGGAUGUUGUGGACGUUGUAUCCAAUGCUGAGCAGAAGUUGUUGAAAUAGGGAUCAGAAAGCCCGUUUUGCCUACUUGAAAACAACGAAGCAACCAGAACCAUUCAAUAAUGAAAAUGAGUUCAGAGGCCAGCUGCUGAACCAGAGGUGGACACGAGGGGACAGAAUAAGCAGAUUCUGUGAGACCAAGAGGAGCCUGCGAAUCAAAAUGAGUCAGGAAGCAGCAGAAACAAGAACACGGACCCGCUCAAAAGGCAUCAGAGUACCCAGUGAACUCGUGGGAACAGAGUUAAGCUGCCCCACCCCUGGGUGUGAUGGUUCAGGCCAUGUCAGUGGGAGAUAUUCACGACACAAAAGCGUUCUCGGAUGCCCAAUAGUGAAGAAGAGGAAACUUGCGGAGGCAGAGGCAGAGGCAGAAGAGAAUCAGCCCGCCCCUAAGAAAAAGUCCCUGUCCCUGAAGUUGGCCAUGGACAAGGGUUUCAAUGCAGCAGACAGUGAUGCUGGCAGUGAGGCGGAGCAUGAGGAGGAGGAGGAGGAGUCAGAGGAUGAGGAACAGAAAGAGAAAGAAAAUAACAAAACGCCAAACCCACUGGAGUCCAUGAAAGCCAAUUGCGCUCAGGUGUUACCCGAAGACACAGAAAAAGAGACAUCUGUCAAGUUCGACACCAUAGCUGCACCUGAAGCAGAGGCUCUGCAGGAGGACACAGAGGCAGCCCCCACAACCCAACAGCAGGCUCCCACAGAGGCAGAAGCAGAAACAGAGGCAGAGACAGCAACAUACAGACGUGAAGAGGAGGUGCAAGCAGUGGCAGAGAUACAGGCCGCAGAGGAGGAGGAGGAGGAG